CGGGUGGAAGAAAGUGGCGACAUUAAGCGUAUCGGGGCUUUAAUGAUGGAGUCGAGUCAAGGAGAAAAACGCCACCAUCGCUUCCCGGCGCCCAGCAACGCCAAGAAGAGCAGGAUGGCUUGUGAGCGUCCAGAAUACAACAUCAGCAGCUUCCCCGCCCUGAAGGCCUGUCUGCCGGACAGCUUCGACUACCACGUGUGCGAGUACAGCGGCGUGGGCGACGUGGGCGACCACCACAGCUACACGGCCACCCUGCGCAUGGCCCUGCUCCAGGAGGACCAGGUCAAACUGUGGCUGAAGGCCCACAGCGUCACCUGGAGGGUGGACCGCACCGUGCCGGGCAAGGGCCAGAAGGUCCUGUUCAAGGUGGAGUAUCGGUGCCAGCACAACACCAGGCCUCGCAGACAGUCUCAGGGACCCACCAAGAACACCGACUGUCCCGCCAAAAUGAACAUCACCGUCCUGCGCACGCACGUCAGCCGAGGCAGGCAGAGCCGGAGCACGGACCCCCACCUUCCCGACUUCCCGACGGUGGUUUGGAUCCGGAGCGAGCACAACCACAACAUCAGCACGGCCGCCGCCCUGAGGCACCGCGACGUGGGCGACGCCGCGCGGGCCAAGCUGCGGCGGCUCUUCGAGGCCGGACACUCGCCCAGCUCGGCGCUGGACGCGCUCAAGUGCGACCUGCAGCUCGAAUACGGAGACGACUACGUGUUCGCCUCGGCCGACAGAGCGCUGUGUCCCACACUGGAGUUCUGCUACCGACUCUACCAUCAGCUGUCCCGUCAGGAGCUUGGAGGCGUGAAGACGAUGAAGACGAUGAAGACGAUGAAGACGGCGAAGACGAUGAAGAUGGCGGCUGACGGAGUCCCACUGCUGGAGAAACUGGACUCCACGUGUGAUGAACUGUGCGCUCUGGUUUGCUCUCGGGAUGAGCUGCGAGGGCCGGCGUCGGCGUUCAUCCAAACAUUCGACAGGAUCAAACACGACCCCUCGAUGCUGGCGGCGGCUCUGCACACCUUCGGCCACCAGGGGGCUGUAAAGCGGCCGUCACAACGCGCUCUGUGCAGGACCUCCAGCAGGGCUGAGCCGGCCGCAGAGACACACCCCGCCUCUGCCGCCGGGCAGGCAGCUAAACUCGAGGAGAGAUGGCGCCCGGCUGCAGGAGGAGCUUUAAACACGCCGGCGAGCCAAGAUCACGGAGUCCAGACAGCAGAGACCGACGGCCUCGAGCAGGCGGUCGACAUGAGCCGCAGCAACGCCAAAUCUUAGCAAAGACCUCAACUUUCCAUCAGUGUUUUUUUGUUUUUGUCGUCUGCAUCUUAUUAAUGAUCUGCUUUGUGUGUGUGUGUGACGGCAGGUGCAUAACUUUCAAAUGAUCACUGUAUGUAUUUGAUUGAAGUAUUUUCUAUAUAAUACUGUGUUUGUGUCUCUCCAUUCACUUCCACAGCAAAACAGCUCCCAAAAUAAAACUUGUAGCACAGAAACCAACACCAGCAAGGAAGAUUAUCGCUAUAGAAACAACAAGAAGACCCCGUUCCCAUUUUUUCAUGAAAAUUAAACGUCUCUUUUCUUGUUAUUUUCCUUUUUGAAUUGUAAAGUAGAGCCGGCAGGAAGUGUUUGCAGUAAACUCCCCCAUAGUAACCUGAAGAGCCUGGAUUUUCUUUGAUAAAUAAAUGUAAUUACAUGAAGAGAAAUUAGAACCAGGUCUUGUUGUUGUUCAUGUUGUCAUAAUCUUCUCUGUUGGUGUUGGUUUUUCUAUCAUUAUUAUUAUUAUUAUAAUUAUUAUUAUUAUUAUUAUUUGGGGGCGGAUUAUCACCAUAUAAACAACAACAAGACCCGGUUCCCUUUUUUUUUCCGUGUAGUUACCUUUAUUUGUGACAGUAUGAUCAGGUUGUGUCUUAGGGCACAAGGUUACAAGGUGGAUGUUUCCUGCAGAUGCUACCUGCCGGAUCUACUUUCCAGAUCAAAUAGGAACACAUUUUCCCCGUGUAAUUACAAUUAUUUAUUACAGUUAUGAAAGAACUAUCAGGUUACUUAAUGGUGCAAGGUUACUGUGUGGAUAUUUUCCACAGACACUACCUGCCGGAUCUACUUUCCAAAUCAAACAAGGAAAUAAUGAGAAAAUAGAUUAAUUUCCUCAAAGAAUAGGUAUUGUCCCGAAUGUCCAGCUGUUUUAUAAGAUGUUUAUAUUUUUUUUUCUGUCAUUUGGCUGGAAAUGUGUGUUUUUGCAGCGUGUCCUGUGUUCUUGAGCUCAGAUUCGAGGCCUGAGGACAGAUUUUCACAUCGCUCCGGCUUGUCUCCGUCUGUUUUUUGUGUUCUGCGUGAAUCUAAGGAUGUGAAGGAUGUGCACAUCGCCUGAAAUGGACUUUAAGAUGCCUUGUGUGCCUGCCUCCUCUUGAAGAAGCAUGUAAAUAAUAAUAAUGAUGAUAAUAAUGACAGUCUGGCGGCAACACUGGGCUGGAUGGUGAAGUUGCUUUGUGUUUUUGAAUGUUUUUUCUUUUUUUCUUUUUUUUGCAUUUUUUUUUUUGUUGCAAUGUUAAUCUUGUGUUCAUCCGCCUGUUGCUGUGACCGCUGCGUCUAAUUUGAUAAAUACGGAUUCAAUUUCUGUACAGCUGGGUUGUUGUGUUUGGGCUGUCUAUGCUUUAUUAUCUCAGAAGGAAACGGCUUGUCUUCAUCACAGGCCUGUUGGAAUGAUGCUGAUGGUGGCUGCAUGUUUUCUCUCCCCCUGCUAAUUUCCCUUUCCCAUAUUUCCAGAUUUUAAACUUUUUGUCUGUUAAAACUGUGAUGUUUUAA